ACCUUAUUUGCGGUGGCCAAAUAAACUUUCUGACUGAGUCAUUCACUGGUGGCACGCGAGGACCGUCCAGACUCCGGGAUGUGUCUUCGGCGCCCUUAGUCCAUGUUAUCAUCUUUGAUGCAGUACAGCCAGAAAUAUGGAUACAACGAAGGUGACAGGUCUAGUGAACUCCUACCUCCAUUUAUGCGCACACAUAUAGCCGCACUCUACCAACUUUGGUUUACUACCUGUGUACAGCCAAGCUGUCGUGGUGUCAUUUAUUGAAGGGGAGCCCAUUUUUGGGGUUGGGUAGAGGGGUAUAAGACCCUCAUAUUUUCCGCAUGUUUUCCCCCGGGCCUUGCAAUGGUGAACUGGAUGGCUGGCCCGAUACUCAUGAUCAACGCGUUUCGGGAGCAUAUGUCGAGGUACAUGAAAGUCGCUGGUCUGACCAUCCUUAUCUAUGACUAUCUUGUAACAAUGGACAAAGAGGUUAGACUCAUGUGGGGGUCGAAGUGGGGCAUCGCAAGGGUCCUCUUUUGCAUUUCCCGCUACCUGCCAUUUGUUGCGUCUGCCAUCUAUCAUUGUUAUCUGUUCGCAGUUCUAUCGGCCCUGUCAGAUUAUGAUCAAUGUUUCCCAUUGUACGAUGCCGCUAUGUGGUUGAAUGCGAUCAGUAUAUGCGCCGCAAAGGGCCUCCUAAUCCUCAGAACAUAUGCGAUGUGGAAAUGUAACAGAAAGAUCUUAUAUGGCCUCCUCGCAUUUGUUGGCAUACUCUUGACGGUGGCGUUCGUGCUAGAAGUUAAAGCUGGACUCUUGUUAUCUUAUGGCCCGCCCCCAUCUUUUGGAGGGCCUGGCUGCUAUCCAACCAAAAGUACUGAUGUGUUGUACGUGUUUUACCUAACGCUGGUGAUAACUGAGUUCGUGAUCCUCGUUCUUGUGCUUAUUCAAGCCAGGGUGUAUUCGCAGCAAAUGACCGGCCCUGCAAGUGGUUUGUUGAAGUCGCUGUACCGCGAUUCUAUUUUUUAUAUCGUAUGCUUAUUGUUGAUAUCUAUAGCAAACGUAGUGGUCAUGUCCACCAUUCCACCACGCUACAACCAACUCUUUGAUACAUUCCCGGCAGUCAUGCACUCUGUCCUUUCCUCCCGCAUCAUGUUUAAUCUCAGGCAAAGUGCAUAUUGUGAUGUUCAUUCCACAGACAUAUCAGACAUGGACGCUCCGGACGCUACACUUCGUUUUUCUGUUUUCGGUAGAGUUUGAACAUGGGUGAUGAGAAGAAGAGAAAUUUUGCCAUUGCCUUGUUGCUAUGCAUGGCUUGUAAUUACCACUUAGAGUGCCGA